AUGUUGGGCUCAAACCUCCAACCCCCAUCUUCCUCCGAUGCCGCAUCACCACUUCUAAGCCACCCGAUCGCCGACAACCUCGUGCGGAGCAGGCGGCUCAUCCGGCGCCCGCCGAGGCCUCUCCGCGGAGCAGCUCGCUUCCUACGGCGAGCCAGCAGCCGCCGUAUGAUGCUGCGCGAGCCGUCGGUCCGAGUCCGCGAGGCAGCGGCGGAGCAGCUGGAGGAGCGACAAAGCGACUGGGCCUACUCGCGGCCCAUUAUCGUAUUGGACCUCUUGUGGAACGCUGGGCUUCUGGGGAUUGCCAUUGGGGUGCUGUGGCUGAGCCGUGAAGAGAGCCCCUUGGUGCCUUUGAGGACUUGGAUUGUUGGAUACGCGUUUCAGUGCCUGGUCCACAUGGCCUGCGUUGGCGUGGAGUGCAUGCGGCGGAGGCGCGUGGGUGAUGUUGCGGUGGCGGAAGAGAGUCCUCGUUGGGAAAAUUCUUCUGGGUCUGGGAGUGAUGAUGGUGAGGACUAUGGAAUUGAACAGAGCGUGGACUAUGCUGGCACCAGUGUUGCAAAACAUUUGGAGUCAGCAAAUACGGUGUUUUCGUUCAUCUGGUGGAUCCUUGGGUUCUACUGGGUGACUGCUGGUGGUGAAAGUUUGAUAAGAGACUCCCCUCAAUUGUACUGGAUUUGUAUCACUUUUCUUGCUUUGGAUGUGGUUUUUGUUGUGAUCUGCAUUGCCGUUGCAUCUCUCAUUGGCAUUGCUGUUUGCUUCUGUCUCCCCUGCAUCAUUGCUAUCUUGUAUGUUGUGACAGAUCAGGAAGGAGCAACAAAGGAAGAGAUCGACCAUUUGCCAAAGUACAAGUUCCGCAUGAUAUCUGAUUUUGAGAAAGUUAAUGGUGAGAUCCAAGAAUCUUUUGGAGGAAUAAUGACUGAAUGUGAUACUACUACGCCCACUGAACAUGUUCUCUCCCAAGAGGAUGCUGAAUGUUGCAUCUGCCUUUGUGCCUAUGAUGAUGGAACUGAACUACGUGAACUUCCUUGCCAUCACCAUUUCCACUGCACCUGCAUAGACAAAUGGCUACAGAUCAAUGCCACCUGUCCACUCUGCAAGUUCAACAUUUUGAAGUCUGUCAGCCAAAGUGGCAGUGAAGAGGUAUAA